UGUGUGUGUGUGUGUGUGUGUGUGUGUUUCUCGAGGGAAAGGGAAAAAUAGUAGGAUGUGGAAAGAUCCUUGACAUUUUUAUUUUAUUUGCAAAAUUUAAUUUCCCACUAUUUACUUUUUUUUGCAAUCUUCAGAGAAGACAGUCCCAGUUUAUUAUACCCAGUCUAACCAGAUCCCAUUAAUCUUGAAGACCAGGGGGUGUGGUGGGGUGCGCUGGGGAGGAGAGAUGUCGAGAAAGAUGGUGGUAUGAAACUGGGUAUUUGGACAGAUGAGACGUAAUGUUCCAAAAACAUGUCAGCCCUAAAAACUCUAGCACCUUGGUGCCUGCAUUGAAUUCCAUGAUGUCACUAUCUAAUCUUAGCUAAGAAAAGCCUCGGAGAAAAACAAAGAAAGAUUGCAUCCCAGCCUAACAUGAUUUCUUCACGUACAGUAUGUUCCCUAGCCUGCUGGAAUUCGCAGUUGUGAGUUGGGGCUUUCGAUUUAAUUUUUUUUCCCUGGGUGGGGGUGGGGAGGGGGAGAGAGAGAAAAAAAUAAUCAUUAUUGCCUUUCCUUGCUCUGACAGCCUAUGGCAUGCUGUAAGUCUGUGUGUUAUAUGUAGGUCAAUAUCCUUUAGGUUUGCUUUUAUAAUAGCCUGCCGUAAAUUGAAAAGAACCCAGCACAAAAUACAUUUUCCUUUGCUGUGUUUUAUUGUACUCCUAAAUGAAGCCGAACCGUUGGUAUUUCAACAAAAUUCUGUCCCAGAGAAUACCUGCCACCUCUGCAUAUUUAGCUGAUAUAUUUAGCAGAUAUAUUUACGCUGCUCGUGGUUAGCAGCAUACCGCUCAGACAGAGAGCCAGCUGAUCAUGCACCGAGACCCCAUCCUUCUACAGUCCUAUCAGAACCAUUAAGGAUUCUGCAAAAUGAUGGCGAGAUGCUCCACCAUCCAUUAAAAUGAAUAUUUGCUAGCUUUAACAUUGAAAAAAAAAAUCUAAGGUUUUAACAUUCACAAUCUAAGAAAUACAUCCAGGACCAAAUACAUACUGUCUGCAUUCUUUCUUCGAGAAGAGGAUAUUACAGUGUGCUUGCCAGUCCUUCUUCAUUAGCAAAAGGAUUGUUUUAUUCUCAGAAGCAGGAGGAUCCAGCCGCUUGGAAAAGGGUUUGAGAUGCCUACCACUGUGUGGUUGCAGAAUUUGGAGUUUACCAAGCACUGUUUAGUGAUUGGACUCAUCUUGUAUCAUCAGUUGAUGACAUUUUUCUUUGUUCCCUCCUACCCACUUGAACCAAGACUCUGUAGCUGAUAUGCAAUGUCACUUACAACAUUAAUCAGAUACUGCAUUUAAGCUCCAGGCUUUCCAACUCUCAGAGGAGCGAGGAAAAAAAUCCAACAAACCCACCUCCUUGGUUGCAGCUUCGGAGAAAUCUUGGAAGAAGACAUCCCCUCACCCAUCCUGUUUCCCUAUUGAUAAAUUCAGUUCUCGUGAUCACAGUACAUUCAAGCUGUUCUCCGUAUGAUUUUUUGACAACUGCAUCUAAAAAUUGUGAGCAAGAAGACGGGGAGUUCAAUUGGUCUCCAUCGCUUCACAUAAAGAUGGCAGAGUGUGCUGCCAUACUAGCACGGCAUUGAGGGAGGUUGAAAUUGCAGAUCACUAUAUCUCCAACUGUGAAGCUGACAUGUGUUUAUAAGAUUUCUUUGAAAGACGCUAUUGCAAAGUGGAAAGAGAUCUGGCCUCAGACUCAGACCUGGGUCCAAGUGUUACCUCUGACCCAACGCUGGCGGUAUCAUCCUGAACAAAUCAUUUAACUUCAGUACCCCAGAUGACAGUCAUGUCCCACUCAAAGGACCUCAAAGAUGACUUUCACAGUGACACAGUGCUCUCCAUCUUAAAUGAACAACGAAUUCGGGGAAUUUUAUGUGAUGUCACUAUCAUCGUGGAGGACACCAAAUUUAAAGCCCACAGCAAUGUUCUGGCAGCUUCAAGCCUUUAUUUCAAAAAUAUAUUUUGGAGUCGUACUAUCUGCAUUUCCAGUCACGUCCUGCAGUUGGAUGACCUCAAGGCUGAAGUGUUUACAGAAAUACUUAAUUAUAUCUACAGUUCCACAGUUGUUGUGAAGAGACAGGAAACAGUGACUGAUCUUGCAGCUGCAGGAAAAAAGCUGGGAAUAUCAUUUCUGGAAGAUCUUACAGAUAGCAAUUUCUCAAACUCUCCAGGUCCCUAUGUAUUUUGCAUAACAGAGAAGGGUGUAGUUAAGGAAGAAAAGAAUGAAAAACUAUCUGAUGAACCAACUAUUACCAAUGGACCAAGGAUCACGAAUGCAUUUUCCAUCUUUGAAACGGAAAAUAACAACAAUAUGUUUUCUCCCCUGGACUUAAGGGCGAGUUUCAAAAAGGUCUCGGAUUCAAUGAGAACACCCAACUUUGGCCUAGAAAGGAAUGAUGGUUGCAAUGAGGCUGAACCGGUCAGGACACUAGCCGAACAUUCCUACGCUGUCCCAUCAGCAAUGGAUACUUUUCAGGGUCAUCCUUCGUACGAGUCUGCUGCCAGCCCAUCUUUUGUGAGAAGUGAAGAGCAUUGUGAUGAGGGGCCAGCAAAGACACAGACAUGCAGGACCCCCAAGACGCCCCCAAGACCCCAAGCUUCCAGUUCAGCGGUGGCAAAAGUAGCACCCCCUAAAGGAUCCAAUACAGAGGUUCAUCAAGAAAAAACCCCAGAACCAGCCAUUACUUCCGUUUCAGAUUCUCACAAGAGUCAAGAAGACAACCAUUUCCCCAGGGAAGAUGAAAACCCACCUGCUAACAUUCCUGAAUCCACACCUCCUUCCCCUCCUCCCCCUCCUCCUCCUCCUCCUCCUUCUCUUCCUUCUCUUCCUCCACUUCCUCCUCUUCCUCCUCCUUCUCUUCCUUCUCUUUCUCCUCUUCCUCCUCUUCCUCCUCCUCCUUUGCCUCCUCUUCCUCCUCUUUCUUCUCUUCCCUCUCUUCCUUCUCUUCCUCCUCUUCCUCCUCUUCCUCCUCCUCCUCCUUCUCUUCCUUCUCUUUCUUCUCUUCCUUCUCUUCCUUCUCUUCCUUCUCUUCCUCCCCUUCCUCCUCUUCCUCCUCUUCCUCCUCCUCCUCUUCCUUCUCUUCCUCCUCCUCUUCCUCCACCUCCUUCUGUUUACGACUGCACUUUUUGCUCCAAAUCAUUUGAAAAUCAGGCUUUACUGGAGUCCCACCUGCAGCUCCACACAAAGUCUCAGGAUGCUUUCAUGUGCAAAUACUGCGACAAACAAUUUACUACUUCCAACAGGUUGGACAAGCAUGAGCAGAUCUGUAUGAACUCAGACCGUCCCCCUCUUGCUGUGGGAAACCAAGCGACCUUUUCAGCUCCGGAUGGAAAAACUGAAGGUUCCUACAAAAGCCCUGAAAUGCAGUCGGCUGACAAUAAGAUGGGGGAACAUUCGGGCACGAGCCGGACCUUGGCAGACGUGGAGCACACGGUGAAGGUUGUGGAUGGGCAGGUACUCUACACGUGUGUCGUGUGCAAGCGUAGCUACGUCACUAUAUCUAGCCUCCGAAGACACGCCAACGUCCACUCGUGGAGGAGAACCUACCCUUGCCACUACUGCAGCAAAGUCUUUGCUCUGGCAGAAUACAGGACCAGGCAUGAAAUCUGGCACACUGGAGAGAGGCGGUAUCAGUGCAUCUUCUGCCUGGAGACUUUCAUGACUUACUACAUCCUCAAGAACCAUCAGAAAUCCUUCCAUGCAAUUGACCAUCGGCUUCCCGUGAAUAAGAAGACAGCCAACGGAGGCCUGAAGCCCAAUAUCUAUCCUUAUAAGCUUUACAGACUGCUGCCUAUGAAGUGCAAAAGGGCUCCCUAUAAGAGCUACAAAACUACAUCCUAUGAAAAUCCACCAGAAAACAGCCAGCCUGCUGAGGCUACUCCGAGUUCCUGCAUUAUUAAGAAUCCAAGAAGCUCUGAAUUGACUACUUUGACUUUCCAAGACAAUGUGAAUAUGAUGUCAGAUAGUACAACUGCUUUACCCACUGCCCCUUUGGGUAAAGAAACGCAGCAAGCUCCAGAUUCUCAAAAUGGAGCCUCAUGGGGAGGAGGAGGAGAAGGAGGAGGAGGAGGAGGAGGAGAAGAGGAAGGAGGAGGAGGAGGAGGAGGGUUGCUGAGCCCUGCUAAAAAUAACUUUAUUCCUGCUGAGAAGCCAGUUCCUGCAGGGGGAAAAAGUCUCACUUCUGGCUCACAGGGAGGAGGUGACAUGACAAUUCCAUCCUACAGUAAUGUCAGCGAAAAUGCCACGUCGGUCAUCAGCUACAGCAGUUCAGCUCCAUCUGUCAUCGUUCACAGCAGCCGGGUUUCCUCAGUGAUAAUGCACAGUAAUGCAGUCGCUGCCAUGACGAGCAGCAAUGCUAUCUCUUCGAGUCCUGCUGUUAACCAUUCCCCGAGAGAUGACAGCAAGCACACGGAGAACCUCGGCAAAGUCCCCGGCAAGGUCAAAAGCCUGAAAGAGAAGAAAAAAGUCGCCCCCUACAACAGGGCAGAAACUCUCGAGGAGGCAAAAUAUGCCGCGAGUUCCGGAACUCCUUCGAGUAAAAGCACCACUAGCGCUGUUGAGGAAACCAGUAAAACUGAAACAUAUAUCGCAAAACCCGCCUUGCCUGGAACAUCAACCAACAGUAAUGUUGCGCCUCUCUGCCAGAUAACGGUCAAAAUUGGGAACGAGGCGAUCGUGAAGAGACACAUUUUAGGGUCCAAACUGUUUUAUAGAAGGGGGAGAAGAUCCAAACAUGAGACGCAGGAAGAGAAUACAUUUCAAGAAAGCGUAACUGAACCAAAAGAGAGAAGCCCACCCAGACGCAGCCGAUCCGAAUGUGUGGAAAUGAGUGAAAUGUUUGAUGAAGGGAGUGACCAGGAUUCCUCGGACAAGCCGUGGCGCCCGUAUUACAAUUACAAACCCAAGAAGAAAUCCAAACAGUUAAAGAAGAUGAAGAAGGUCAAAUGGAAGAAAAGACAUGGACACAGGAGCCCAAGCGGCGAAGACGUGAACUCAAGUGACAUCAACUCCACCGUGAAAAAGAGCCCGAAGGAAAAAGUCAUCGAAGGAGAAGAAAAUAAAGAGAUGCCCAAUCUUCACUGUGAGCUUUGUAUUGGGGAUAAAGCAUCUCCUGGACAGCAAGGGCAGAGCCACUGGCACCAUACCACAUCCAAGCCUCAUAUCUGUGAACUGUGCCAAAAGCAAUUCCAGAGCCCUUCCAACCUCAAAAUGCACAUGAGAUGUCACACUGGAGAGAAGCCUUACUCUUGCAAAACAUGUGGAAGGUGUUUUUCAGUUCAGGGGAACUUACAGAAACACGAACGCAUUCAUCUUGGGGUCAAAGAAUUCGUCUGUCAGUAUUGCAAUAAGGCGUUCACUUUAAAUGAAACCCUCAAAAUCCACGAAAGAAUCCACACAGGUGAGAAACGCUAUCGUUGUCAGUUCUGUUUGCAGAGCUUUCUGUAUCUGUCCACCAAAAGGAAUCAUGAGCAGAAGCACAUCCAUGAGCAUAAUGGAAAGGGCUAUGCCUGCUUUCAGUGCCCCAAAAUUUGCAAAACAGCAGCUGCCCUGGGGAUGCACCAAAAGAAACAUUUGUUCAAAAGUCCCAAUCCCUCGGAGAAAAAAGAGGGUGGGGGCAACGAAAUCCCUAAGUCUUUGGAGAAUCAACAUUUCACUGACUCAGCUGGAAACAAAAUGAAGGAAACCCUACAUACUAUGUCUGAAGAUGUUCUCCUUUGAUUGACUGUGGUGGGAGACCCACUAGACAAUGCUUUUCUUUUUCUUUUUAGGUGACAGACAAAAAUGGGUGAAGUAUGUAGGAAAUCCAAAUUGUGUAAGUUCCUGAAACAUGACACUUUUUCUUCCUAUCCAUAGGUUUCAGCAUUAACUAGAAAAGCAAAACGCACCAGAACAUAAAAACUGAGGCUUCAUAUUCCCCAAGUAUUGUGCAGGGGUAACAGAGUCUUAGCCACGAUAAUUCUGCCAGUGGGUACUUUGUAAUUUGAAAAAGAAAAACAAUCGGCCUAAUGCUCUUUCUGUUGAGCGUUGUUAGCUGCCAAACUGGCUAUGAAAUACUGAACUUGAAUCACUUAAAAGAAGAUAAAGAGUUCAGAUGCCGUGAGAAUGUCAAAUUCACCAGUAUGUUAAAAGGUGAAUGAAAUAAGUCAUCAGUGCUUUCCCCCUCCCAUCCAAUUUCAAUACUGUUAAAAUUUUCAAAAGAUAAACUCUGGAUGUCGUAUGAAAUUCUACAUGGUUGGGGAAAAAUUAUGAGAUGAGGAGAGAAAAGCAUACAUUCGUCGUCUUCUUGUAAAACAAACCUUGUAAAAAUAACAUGCACCCCGUAGUUUUACACUGUCCAGUUAGAAAAUGAAAGUGAUGGAGGGAAAAUAGGUCUCUAAAUGAGAAUUUGGGAAAAAAUAAUAAAGGGUAUUUUGGGUAUGGCCAAACACCUAACUUAAGAAUACAGCGUGUGCUACUGGAUAACGCUGCUCUCUUUGAAGUUAUGGCUGAUCCACCAUGGAGAUCUUGACAUCCGUGAUUGACGUGGUAUCCCCAAAACUUGUUUUACCACACUACUGAAUGUACCAGCAGCUACUUAAACUGCUCGGGAUAGCUUGUGAAUAUCUCAUCUGAGAUGAAGAAGGGUCAGAUUUGGCUGGACACGUGUGCGGUUUUCCAGGGACCAUUCAAAUCUCAGGCUACCAUUCCAAGGCCGGCCCCUCCAGUCUCAAGAGCUCAAACGAAAUGUGACUUCCCCAGCUCCCCAGCUCCGCCAGCCAAUUAACUGAAAUGCUGAAAGACGAGCUCCUGGUAGUUGAACUUCCAAGCUUUCGAUUGUGCCUCAAGGUCCAGUCCGUUCCACCAUGGGCCUUCUUGUGGAAAGACUAGGGAGUCUACGUGAGCUACUUGGCAAGGAUGAGAUACUUGGGGAAACUGGAAUUUCUAUCUCCACGGGUCCACCUGGAUCGGCCAGAGGAAGCGAAACAAUCUCCUAAAUCCAAGCGUUAGCGCUAUUUGACUCCUGGACCAUGUGUGCAAAGGUGGGAUGUUGAAGGAUGAAAGAGGCUUUCUGCUCCCCUACUUCUCUGACUUCUGUGAAAUUGAACCACCGAUCCAGAUGCCUCUUUUCAGUCUUAGGUAACAGAUACCCUGCCAGAGACCUCUGUGUGUCCCCUAACAUCAUUUCCAGCUGACGAGCACCCUUAAUGUUUUUCCCCCAAAGACUGACUAGUUGCUGCACGUGGUUGUUAUAUUAAAGAGGUUCACGUCGUUUCUUCCCCAGACGGUUCUGACUUUCUGCACCUGCCAGAGAGAGGAUACAUUCCUAACUUGUCCCUUCACAUAAAAGCCACAUCUGGAAGCCAUCAUCCAAAAGCUCCAGGGGUGCCCUGCAAUCCCUGAAAUCAUUUGGGAGUACAUGGGGCCCUCUGGGAUGGUAUCUGGCACUGUCAUCUGCAGGACGAUCGCCUUCAUCCUACUCUGAAGUCUUUUGAAGAGGACUUUUGUUACAUUGAGCAGGCAAGAACGCAUCUUAAAAAUCCAGAAAAGGACGGGAUGGAAGCUGACCUUUCAUUUUGUAGUGCUUUGCUAUUAACCACAAUACUGCAGCCUCAUUAACCUCCUGUUUCCACUUUCACUUUCAUGCAGUAUUAUAAAGGGCAAAAUACAAGUGAAUUUACGUGUUCUUUUAUACAUAACAUACAUGCACUAGUCAUUUACUUUGGGUUUUGUUUUAAAAGUUUUGUAAGAGACUGAGCUAAAAAGUCUUUGUUGAAAUAAUACCUACAGUAUUGGAUAGUUAAUCCUGUGGUCCACUGAUUCAUGCUACCCUAGAUGAGGGCUAUGUGUCCAGGACAAGUAUUUUAUUUCAUUAGUUCCUUUGGCUUCAGACAAUGCAAGUUGUGAAGUCACUAUUAUCAGUAGUGAAUUCUUCCAGUCUGCACAUGUGGGAUAUUUUCUAAGUGGACUUGUACGCUGAUAAUUCUAGACCAAAGUAAAUAUGGCAGAAUAUUUAUACAUGAAAAGAUAAUUUUACAGAUAUUUUCUAUAAUUGUAUCAUUCGUAAAUAAAAAUAAAAAUAAAAAUGCUGAUAGCUUGUGUUCGUUUUGGGGGAGGGUUGUAUAUUUUGAUUAAAAAAAAAAAACAAAACCACACAAAAAAAAAACCUUGACUUUGUAAUUCUGUAUAUUCUAUACAGUUUCUAGCAGAGCAGUUUUAAGACAGCAUCUUAAUGUUUAUAGUCAAUUGUGGAAAACUUAUUCUAAGUCCUAUGUUAAAGUAAUGAGUCGAGUACCAAUGACCAAAUUAGAACUGACGUAAAUGUAAACAAUGAACAUAUCGUAUGCUGUACAUGAUAGACAGUCACUUGCAAUGUUAUAGCAUCUGUAUUUUGUUUAGAAAAUAUUAUUAAAUGCAGAUGUAAAGGGUUGGAAAAGUCUAAUUUUAUUUUUAGAAAGAAUGAAUAUAAAUUUGGUUUUGCUUGAUUAAAAGCUGGCUUAUUCUGAUUUUUAGUCUCUCUUCAAAUAUCUCUGAAUGGUUCUUUUGCACCAGCAGGCACUAUGCUUUUACAGACUGAUGUUGAACAUUUGACUCACCCGCUGUAUUUCUGUUUCCUCGUUUGUUCAUGCACAGUGAAACGGCAACAUGGCAGUGACCUUCCAGAAUAGGACUAAGGAGGAACAUGGCAUUUUUAGGAGAUGGCACCAUGAAAGACAAAAUACUCUGGUAUUUUGGUUAAUUUUGAAGUAUGGUCCAUUGCACAGAGGUGUUUGAUAAAUGUUGGAAUGAAUGAAUAAAUGAAGAUGCUAAUACACGA